GACGCGUGGGAUCAAAUGUUAAUAAAUGCUUGGUGCAAACCUGCGAAAUCCUCCGAUAGCGUGGAUUACAGCGACGAUGAUCCAGCGGACUACAACGAUGACGACACCGUAGAUGACGACGACGAUGGCAGUGAUUCUGAAGUACCUCCUCAAAUCAUGUCCAGGCCGGAAAGCAUACGUGUCAGGAACGGUAGCACGAUCUGGUUACCUUGUAACACUAAAAAUGCAGACAAUUACACGGUGACAUGGCAGAAGGGCGACGAAUUUCUGUACUACGAUUCGAACCCAAUGACAUCAGACAAAAACAGGAUCGUCCGUCUAUCAAAUAACACACUGGUGAUCUACAACGCCACAACCAACGACACGUCGAACGAUUACAAGUGCACUAUCCUCCACACGCAUCCCGUCACGAUCAGACAUCAGGUCCUAGUGGAAUCUGGAAGAAUGCCGGCACCCCAGCCUCACAGACCUCCGAUACGAGUCACCCCUGGCAGAAAAGUGGAAGUCACUGCUGGUGAAAACAUUACCCUGGGCUGCGAAACGAGGAUACAACCUACGCCUGUAAUGAGAUGGUACCACGAGUCCGAGAGGGUUCCAAACGACCUGAUCACCGACAGCAAUCAUAUCACUAUCACGAACAUCAGCAGACAGAACGGAGGCCAUUAUCAAUGUCUCGCCGACAACGGCUCGAAUGAUCCACCUGUGGAGUCUAUCAACGUUGUCGUUAACUACAUUCCCGAAAUAGAGACAAAAGGGAAAUGGGUGCAUACCGGGCUCGGCGUUGAAUCGAAGUUAGCGUGUAUCGUUCACGCUCAUCCUCACGCUAAGGUGACAUGGUUGAAGGAUCAGAAAGAAGUGAUGCAGAAGAAGGGCAGCAUAGAGAUGACGAAAAAUAAAAACUCGCACGUAUUGAAUAUUUUCCACACAGAAAAGGAGGACUUGGGCGACUACACGUGCGUGGCUGAAAACGCGUUAGGACGGAGCCAGAAAACUAUUUCCCUCACUGGUCUUCCAUCUCGAGCAAUUAUUUUGGGAGGUGAAAGGACGAAGAGUGAUACGGGAUUGAUUCUAAAAUGGCAACUGGAGAGCUAUUCGCCGAUUACCGAAUAUACUCUGGAAUAUCGUCGUAAAGGCGAAGAAAAAUGGACUGUUCUCAAGCCUGCAGUGACAAACGGUAAAGGGAAUAUGUUCAUAGUUGAACACCCGAUCGAAGGACUUCAGUCGGGAUCGUACGAAGCGAUCCUUACGGCUAGAAACGAUUUCGGAUGGUCCCCAGCGUCCAAACCCCAUAUGUUCAGUGGAGAAUACGCAGACGAACAGGCAGAACAGGUUAAAGGAACUGCAUCUCACUUUGCGAUAAACUUUGCAACGUUAUUCCUAGUCGUCUCAACCUGUGCCUUCACAAGUCUGUAAUUUACUUGAACUUCUUAAACUAUGUAGGUAAUUUGCUACAGCCAAAGCGUACACCAGCAGAAGCCAUGGUGGGUUUAGUGAAAGAUGAAUAUCUAGGAGAACUAUACGUUGCUGGUGUAAUAUAUUUUUUAAAAUAAUGUAUUAGUUAUAAUCGUUUAAGGUCAUAAGCUGGUUUUCAUUCGUUGGUGAUACGAAAAAUCAUAUUACCAUUUAUGUAUAUAUUGAGUAACAAGUAUGAGUACAUUUUUUUUUAAAUCUUUGAAUUCAAAAUUAUUCGUGGGCAUUCAUAAGUUAAAACAAAAGUGGUUUUAACUGUAAUUCAAUAUAAUUCUUCUCCUAGAUGUUCUGAUAUGUAUUAUUAAAAGAAAAGAGCAUUUUAAUUGUACUCUAAAUCAGGAGUAAUUGUAAGGGAUACUGUACUUUAAAAUAUAUUUAUAUAUCUAUAUAUAUAUAUAUUAUAUACAUACGUAUACAUAAUAUAGUAUUCAUUGUAUAUGUAAUAAGUUCAGAGAUACAUGAUUAUUAUUAUAAUUUAUUUUUGUAUGCUUAAGAUUAUUAGAUCAGUGUUCUAUAAAGUUGCUUAGUGCCAUGUACGCAAAUUUAUUUUCUCACGAUCGUGUACAAAUGAAAUAACGGCACUGGUGAACCGUCCUUCGAUUGCUAAUGGAGGACAUGUAGGUACCUAAUGUGUAAUAGUAAAGAAAUAAUGUUACUAAGGCUCGCCGUUACGAUUUAUGUAGUAAAGCGACUAAAAUGCAUCGAUCGGAAGCAAAUAUACUGUGAAAUUAAAGAAGCAAAUAUACUGUGAAAGAAAUUGAUCAA